AUGUGGACUCGCGUGCAAACGCACUACUCGGCGCUGGCUGCGGCCGAGAAUCCGGCGGCUAUUCCGCGGGCUGGAGGCGCUCUACAGACCCAUUGGUCGUCCUUCAUUCGGCCUGAUAGCUUUUUCUUCAUGUCGCUUCUUUUGACGGUGGAAACAGAGGAGCACGAGGCGUGGAGCGAAGAAGAGUACAUUCAGGAAACGUUGAAACGCUUUGAGACCAUUCGAAAGGCCGAAGAGGCUGAGGCGAUGCGUACAUAUGAUGAGGCCAAGCACCAAGCGGCGCUGCAAAACGCGGACGCGUCGUGCAAGCCUCGUGUCAAAUCGACGAAAUUCCGCUACGUCCAUUGCAUCUCGAUAUUGAGAACGAGCAAACGCUUCAUGCACGCUGUCAUGCUGGAAAAGACACUGCAAAUGAGACACGCGCCCGCUCAUGAACGACAACGUCGCUCGAAGUCUACUUCUCGUGCUGAGGUCGCUGUGGAAGCAUCAGCGGCUUUCGAUGAUAGCUCGAAGCAGCACGAUAGGUCUUCUGCAAAACAUGAGCCUUCGGUGAAGCGCUGGAAGAGUAGCGACGCAUUGCCUGAGCAAGCUACAAGUUUGGCUUCUGACUCGUCUCCUUUGACAGUGCUUCAUGGCGAUUCCAGCGAUGAAGAGACAUUGACGGCCAAUGGUACAGCAACCAUACAUGCAGUGCCGGCGCCGACUGCUGCGUCGUUCAGUGCACGACGGAACGACAUGCCUCGCGACAGGGACACACUGAACAGCAGAACGUCGUCGAUCGGUUCACCAAUGCUUCAAUUACAGCGCAAACAGCAGAAGGCCAACUACCGUCUGAAGCUCCUCACUGAGCUGCGUGGCAUCGUGGAAACCAUCUCGCACCUCGCGAGUCAGAUCGCGAGUGACACGGCAGCUCCGAUCGGCAUGACAGCUGGCAGCAGAUUGGACCCGACACUGGCGAGAGAAGUGCAGCAAGACCUCCACUUCUUUCGCGAGCAGAAACAUCGUUUGAGGCAGGAGCUGGAGGCGCUCGAUGGUAUACGAGGUCGAGCACGUGUUGACAGUUGA